AGAAUUUUCUUCCUUCCAGAAUAUAAAGUAGUUUCAUAAGAAAAUAUAGUGUUAAGAAUGGAUCCUGCAACAGCCAUAGCACGUUCUAAGGAGAACAUUCAACCAUUGCGUUAUGGUCGAAAUGCUACACAACUAGGAACUGCAUUAAGAGCACAAGAGGAUGCAGAUGCUCAGCAGUUACUCUUACAAGAGAAGCAAAUGUAUGAAGCUGCGAUUAAAAAUUAUGAGGGAGAUGAUCCUUUGGAAAAUUGGUACGAGUAUAUACUGUGGGUAGAGCAAAGUUAUCCAAAAAGUGGACACGAGUCCCAUAUUGGUAAACUUUUGCAACAAUGCUUAGCUAUGUUUGAGAAGGAGGUCAAGUAUCAUCAAGAUCGUAGAUAUAUACGUCUUUGGAUUAAUUAUAUUAGCAUGCAGAAAAAUCCAUUAGAGCUGUAUCAACUUUUAUAUAACAAUGGAAUUGGGACUAUGGUUGCAGAUAUGUACAGGGCAUGGGCUUUUGAAUUAGAACAGAUAGAAGAUUAUAAACGUGCCGAUAAGGUUUAUUUAAUGGGUCUGUCUGCCAAAGCAGAACCUCAAGAUGAAUUGGAUUAUGCUCACAAGAAUUUUCAAUUAGCAGUUGCCCGUAUAACAUUGGGUCACACCGACGAUCGUAAUGAAAGGUCACUACUCGAGCAACGUCAGGCUUUUAGUUCUUUAAGAGCAAUAAAAGCUGGAAGAAAAGUUGGCAGCGUACGCAUAGGGCAUCGUGUACGCGAACAUUAUCCCGGUAUUGUUCCACAAAUUCCAUCAGUGAUGCAUAAUCCAAAUUCUAGGAUACCUAUAUAUCAGGUACGAAAAGACCGGAAAAUAUUAAAGAGACAAGCGUGAACAUUGAGGUAUUUUUAACAGGAUGAUGUUCCUGGUGAUAUGAAGAGUACUAGUAUACUAGACCAUGUUCCAGUAGAAGAUACAAUUCAUAAAGAAAACACUAUUAAACCUGGUCCAUGGAAUGGUAAUGGAAACAAACGGUGUCCACUAAUAACGUCUGUCACAAAAUCCUCUUUCAAAGUUCAUGAGGAUCAGCUCGAUGAAUUUGACGGAGGCAAAUUACGAUUAUUCCCGAACCAUACAUAUUUUUUCGACGGCAGUAAAUAUCCCGAGUAUUUAACAGUGCCUGUAUUUGUACCCGAUGCUCCGAAUCCAAAUAUUAUAUUAAGACCGCAUUAUCCAAAAGAUUUAGUGUACGCUAAUACUAUGGAUAUAAGCAUGGAGGAAGUUAGGGCUCAACGGUAUCUGCAAAGAGCACAAGCUGUGGAGAAGAGAAAUGAAACGCAUGAUAUAAGAGAAACUGAACAGCAAGUCCAUCACAACAGCUACGAGGCCGAGCAACAGAGACAUAAUAUCUCUUUACAGGAGAUGCUAAGACAAAGACAAGAGCUAUCAGAGAGACACAAAAAGCUGCAACAGCAACAAAGAGAAGCCGAACAGUUCGAACUGGAUAGGCAAAGGCUUCAGGCCGAGCAAGAAAGACUUCAGAUACAGCAGUACGAAGCUGAAAAUCUGGCGUUAGAGAACCAAAGGCGCGAGGCAGAACAACGAGAGCUAGAAAGACUGGAAGUUGAACGAAUGGAGGCAGAAAGACUCGAAGCGGAGAGGCUUGAGGCACAGAGAAUAGAAGCGGAAUUGAAUUCGCAGCAUAAAUUGCAAGCUUCCAGUUUCAUGCAUCACCAUCACACGUCGUCCUUAAGUACCGAACCUGAGGAACACUUGCUCGGACAAAGCCUUACAGUGAACACAAAGGAAGCAGUGUCCGCCGUGCAGGACAUGUGGCGUUCACCUGACACAGGACCUGCAGGUCUCAGUUUUCGUAGUACCAUGACACCUAGAAUUCCUGACUCGAAACUUUUAAAAUUGGGUUUCGACAUACAUAUGGAUAGCUCUAUGACUCAGCAUGCGAUGUCUAGUAGUAAGCACCAUUCAGGAUACAACGUGCAACCAUAUAAUGAUCAAGAGAACCAUCAAAACUAUUCCGUUCAUCAGAGUUACUCCAAUCAGGAACAUCAGACCUCUUACAGUUCUGCACUACACAACACGUACCAGUAUCAAAUGCAGCAACAUCAUGAGCAGCGAGUACAACCAUCCCAUUCCCGGUCGCACCAUUCGCAGCAUCAUCAGCAGCUAAUGCAAACACAUCAGCAGGCCCAUGUGAUGGCGCACCAUCAGUCCCUUUCUCAUCCUUCGCAUUUGCAAAGUCACAGUCAGAUUCAACACCAUCAGACACAUCAUCAGCCGCAUCAAGCAUCGCCUAAUCAGCAUCUUCAUCAUCAAUCGCAUCAACACAUGCAACAUAUGCAGCACGCUGUAUACGGCAGUAUGACACCGAACGAUAUCCCGUAUCAACAGUAUCCCACGCAGUUGGACUCCCCGUUGCUGCAGCAAAACGUGGAACCUCCGAAACAACUUCAUUAUUCUCCGUAUCACGAACCGGACAUCGAAACCAGCAAACCGUACAGAAUGCCUCCUGAGUUACCGUACAUUAAAUCCCCAGGCAUGAAUCGUAGAGACAUCAAAUACCUCGAAGGUGCGGAAGACAAGGAAAAUGCUAUAGUAGUCGACUAUAACGGGCCGAUGGAAGACAACAUGACAUCUAAACCGGCCGAAGAAAACAAUCUCUAUAUUGACGAAAGCCUUGGUAUUAGUCCGUUAUCCGGCAACAAUGACACAUGUUUUACCGAGGCAUUUAAUACGCAACUGACUAGCUCUACACCUAUGACUAAUCAUUUUAAACAAUCCUACAAAGGAGUUGAAGGAGCGCCGCAAUAUUCGAACCAAUGCACAGGACCUCAACCGAAUUCAGAGGCGCCGAACGGUGAAGGCGAGGAGAAAUUGAGCGUUAUAUUAGAGUCGACUAGGGAAUAUAUUUCAAGCAGUUCUGGUAGCAGCGCCCAUACAAGAACCGCGGCUGCGUUAGGGUUCACAUUGACGAAGGAAGAUUUGGUUCCUAUAAAAGAACAAGGUGAAAGCGAAGAAGGUGCAGAUGUUCCGCUGUUUGCAAGUCAACCGUACGAGCCCAAGAUGCAAGCUCAGAUUCAAGCUGUGCACGCUCAAAGCCCUCGUACGGUGCAACGUAACGUGGAUCAAAUUACGUCUGAAAUUAAGAAGAAUUGCGAUCUACGAAAGUCGAUUAAUUUUAAACUGAACGAGAUCGAGGAACAAGAGAAGGUCGAUACGAUGGAGUGCGAGGAACAUCUUGAACCUAUGGAACAAGCCGAAGAGGAAGUCUUUGAGUUCCCAUCGGGAGAUAUAAAUCCAUUUGACAAAAUUUUAAUAGCUGGUCUUUUAAAGAAAAUUAAAUUCCCCCAACCCCAUCACGCAGAAGGAUACGUGAGAUUAGAUACGAAUUUAAAUAAGUUUGUGCCUUCUACUAUGGUUAUGCUUGGUAAUGAAGCGUACGAUUUGGAAAAGUGCCUUGGAAAGGGAAUGUAUGGUACAGUAUUCAAAGCAGUUAAUCUGCAAACAGGUCAGACGGUUGCACUGAAAACUCAAAAGCCUGCUUGGAUUUGGGAAUUUUAUAUCACUAGAGAAAUAAAGGCUCGUCUGACCAAUCCACACGUGUUACGUGGAUUCAUGGACGUCUCGAUGGCAUAUGUUGCAAAUAACAGCAGUGUACUAGUCUCGGAGUAUUCGAAAUUUGGAACAUUGUUAGCGGUAACGAAUCAGAUAAAGAUUGCCACGGGUAAACCAUUGGUGGAGCACUUAGCUAUAUUCUUUACAAUCGAAAUGUUACAAAUUGUAGAGUACUUACAUAAAUGCCAAAUAAUUCACGGAGAUAUUAAACCAGAUAAUUUUCUAUUGAUGCGUCUACCUACGGAAGAUGUAAGGCCAACAAUACAGCUAAUAGAUUUCGGGUGUAGCAUAGAUAUGAGUCUGUUGCCAGAGAAAACAACAUUCACUCAAGUCAUAAAAACAGAAGACUUUACGUGCAUUGAAAUGCAAACUGGUAGACCAUGGACUUACCAGACAGAUUUGUAUUGUUUAGCCGCGACGAGUCAUUGUUUGCUAUUUGGUAACUAUAUGAGAGUAUCGAAUGUUGGCGGCCGUUGGUUCAUUACCUCGAAAAUACCAAGGUAUAUGAAGAAACCUGCGUGGGAGCAAUUUUUCACAGAAUUAUUGAACAUUGAGUCGUGCGAGAAAAUGCCAGAUUUAUCGAAAUUGCGUAACAUGAUGGAGGAAUCGUUAGCGCAAAUGCCGGACGUGCAGCAAAAAAUUAGAAAUUUUGUCAAUAUUUUGAACAAACGAUAACACUUACUGAACGUGCUGUAUCGAAUGUUAUGUCCCAAUGUGUGCACAUAUUUAGCAAAGAACCUGGAAGGGGAGAAAACCAG